AUUCUCUCCAAAUAGUGUAAAAACAAAAUAUAAAAUAAAAAAUAAAAUUUCCAUCAAUUUUCAAUUCUUUACAAUUUAUAAACCCUUUAUCUCUCAAAUCCCUAAAAUCUCCCACCAUUUUCCCGCUACAAUUUCCCCCAAAUCAGAUCUUCUCUUCUCCACAAUUUCUCGAAAUCGAAAUUAAUCAUGGACGACGCACCACCGCUGCCGCCGAUGCCUAGCGGCGUGACGGCGGAGGAAUACGCGCAGCUGGAGCCGGCGAUCCGCGCCCACCACACGUUCGACGCAAUGCCCCACACAUGCACGUCGCUGAUCGCGCAGCGCAUCGACGCGCCGGCGGCGGCGGUGUGGCCGCUCGUGCGCCGCUUCAACGCCCCGCAGCGGUACAAGCACUUCAUCAAGAGCUGCCGCCUCGUCGCCGGCGACGGCGGCGUCGGCAGCGUCCGCGAGGUCGCCGUCGUCUCCGGCAUCCCCGCCUCCGCCUCCACCGAGCGCCUCGAGAUCCUCGACGACCGCAAUCGCGUCCUCAGCUUUCGCGUCGUCGGCGGCGACCACCGCCUCAAUAAUUACCGCUCCGUCACCUCCGUCAACGAAUUCAGCGACGGAGCGAGGGUUUACACGAUCGUGCUGGAAUCGUACAUCGUCGAUAUACCGGCGGGGAACACCCGCGAAGAUGCGAGGAUGUUCACGGAUACGGUGGUGAAGCUGAAUCUGCAGAGGCUUGGAGUAGUGGCGGUAGCAAAUUUGCAUGCGAAUUAAUGAAAAAAAAAAUGGGAAAAAAAAAAAAGAAUUGUUGGAAAUAGUUUUUUGUUCUUUGAUUUUCUUCUCACUGUGUGAACUCUGUGUGAGAGUAGGCGAAUCUGUUGACAAGAAUGUGUUUCUUUUUUUCUUUUUCUUUUAAAUCCAAGUUGGAAUUACAAAAUUCU